UUCCUCCCUCCCAUGGGCCUCGGCUUGCGGGCCUUUCAAACAUGGAGGAGCGCGAGUGGGGGGCGAGGCCGGCUCGCGCCGGCAGCCCAGCCAGCCCGCCCAGCCCGCGGCUGGACGUCAGCUCCUACAGCUUCGACCCGCUGCUGGCCCUGUACUCGCCGCGCCUGCCUCCCAUCCCCUACCCCAACGCGCCCUGCUUUAACAACGUGGCGGAGUACGAGAGCUUCCUGAAGGGCGGGCGCACCGGGCGCGGCCGGGCGCGGGGCACCGGGGAGCCGGCCUCGGCGGGAACCUCCACCGGAACCUCCACGGGAGCCGGGACCGCCACCAGGAGCCGUCGCCGCGCCGCGCCCACCCCAGAUCCCGAGCGCAUUCAGCGUCUCCGUCGCCUCAUGGUGGUCAAGGAGGACGCGGACGGCACGGCCGGGGCUCGACGCCAGGGCCCCGGGCGCAGCAAGAAGGCGCCCCGCAAUGUGCUCACGCGAAUGCCACUGCAUGAAGGCAGCCCCCUGGGUGAGCUCCACCGCUGUAUCCGAGAGGGAGUGAAGGUCAAUGUUCACAUCCGCACUUUCAAGGGACUUCGGGGUGUCUGUACAGGCUUCCUGGUUGCAUUUGACAAGUUCUGGAAUAUGGCCCUCACUGAUGUGGAUGAGACCUACCGUAAGCCUGUAUUGGGCAAAGCCUACGAACGGGACUCUUCGCUGACUCUCACAAGGCUGUUUGAUCGGCUGAAACUUCAGGAUUCCUCCAAAAAGGAAGCAGAUUCCAAGUCUGCAGUUGAAGACUCCACCCUGUCUAGAUACUCCCAGACAUCCACUUGGAAGGUGGCUUCAGUGUGGGGACGAGGAGACACUGACCGGGGCUCCUCCCACAGGCGCUCGCGCUCCGUCCCUUCCUCCCUGCAGGCGUCUGCGAGGGAGGGGUCCAGGUCUGAGCUGUCAGGGAGGACUACACGGACAGAGGGGUCCAGUGCGGGAGGCACCUUCUCCAGGGCCACCACCCUUUCACGGGGCACAUCCCGAAAGAAAAAGAAAAAGCCCAAGGUGGAUUACCAGCAGGUAUUCACGCGACACAUAAAUCAGAUUUUCAUUCGAGGCGAGAAUGUCCUGUUGGUUCAUCUCGCACAGUGACCAGCUCAGCCCCACUUGACCCUUGGGUUUAGAAAUAAAGUGCAUGACCUGUUCCUUUGCCGUACCCUAGUACCCCAAUCAAAGUGUGAGUCGCAGGGGUUCCCACUGGUCCUGCCCGUUCAGAGGACAGAGCUGGCUCACCCUCUGGAAGCCGAGUCGAGGGGAGGGCUGGUCAGCAGUCCUAAGCAGGCAGAAGCCAUCCACGGUGUAUCUCUUGCCGGGCUGUCCUGGUCUACUCCAGAGUCUCAAGCAUAAGCUGUUCCCUUUGCCUCAGGGUCAUAGCACAAGUGGAAUCCACUCCGUGGAAACUGUAAGAAACGCCUGAGAAAGAAUGAUUUCAUUUCUAAAAGCUAGUGCUCUGAGCACCCUGAGUCUGACCUAAGAACAACAGUGUAAAUCGCCCGAGAGCCCUGCACCCAUAUUGGAACUGACCUUUGCUCUGCAUCAUUCUGUCUUGACCAAGAAGUGACAUUUCUCAUCCUUGAACAUUAAUAAGGUCUAGGAAAGUUACCAGUGCAUGCAGGAGUGAAGCUCAGCUAGGUGGCUGCUCUAAGCAGUCCGUGGAGACAGCUCCGCUUUGAUCCCCUCUUCUCGUGGGAAGGAAAGCAGAAGCUUGCCGAUCUUCCCCUCACCAGAGGUGGCCUCUGCACAUGGUGUACCAGAUGGGACUGUGCCGUGCUUGUGGCUCGUUGUCCUCUCCGACUCCUGUGGCAUGGUGCUAGUGUGCAUGUGCUCUGUGGUAUCACCCCGUGUGUCAUGUGUCAACUGUCCUGAUGUGACCUUCGUGUCUGACCACAGAGAGUUCUGCAAGAACUCAGUAAUACCCAUAUAUCACGUGGCUGAGAGUCCCCUUUCCAGGUGGGACUGGGUGGUUACUGUGAAAGAGGUCACACACUCUCUUUCCUGUGUCAUGCCUGUGAGGCUCUUAGAAAUGGAUGGGUGUGUCCUAAGGGCACUUGGCUCCCAUUUAGGCUCGAGUGACAGGAAUACCAAAGGACCCAGGGAUGCUCCUACUUGAAUUCUGUCACAGUAUGCUUUUCAGUCACAAUACAGAAUGGGCUACAUCUUGACACAGACUGUUAGGCAAUGUUGAUUUUCAGAAUUUUGUUUAUACUUGCUUUAUGUUAGAUAACUUAUGUUCCGAGUAGGAAUAAAAAAUAACUAGUCAAAAUGUAUGAAUAGAACGUUUCCCUUGCUGGGUUUAUAGAUAGCAAGGAUAAGCCUUGUCAGACGCAGGCUAAAUAAAGUUAUGUUAGCUGGA